AUUUGUUUUUGCUUUUUAUAUGGAGAGUGUUAGAAUUAACUGAAAAAUAUUGUCAUUUGAAUGGUAAAUAAGUCCAUAAAAAUUCUAAAAAGUUCGAUGAGACUCGGACACACCCCCUGUACCAGGAACUUGAGGAAGAUCUACAUUCUCAGUUUGAUCUCAGACUUCGUCACACUGAGAUAUGUUAUAAAUGGUACCAGUAGCUUACUUUCAUCGGGCUCUGCAUAAGACGGCUGUGCUGUGAUAUUUGGAGCUCUUUAACUGGAUAAAACCAGAGUCCAAAUAAUUAUUGACAACUACAUAUGUCAAGGAAGUAGUUAUUAAAGUCAUUCAAGGAGACAGACAAUGUCUGGAUUAAGAAAGGAAGAAAACCAGGGAUGGCCAAACAAUGUUGGCAUUCUGGCCUUGGAAGUUUACUUCCCCUCACAGUAUGUGGACCAAUCUGAGUUGGAGGAAUUUGACAGUGUCUCCAAAGGCAAAUACACAAUAGGACUUGGUCAAGACAAGAUGGGGUUUUGUUCAGACCGAGAGGAUAUUAACUCACUAUGUUUGACUGUUGUCCAGAGGCUAAUGGAAAAGAAUAACAUAGACUAUACUAAUAUUGGAAGAUUAGAGGUAGGGACAGAGACGAUCAUAGACAAAUCUAAGAGUGUGAAGACUGUUUUGAUGCAGCUGUUUGAAAAGAGUGGGAAUACUUGUAUAGAAGGCAUAGAUACAACCAAUGCAUGCUUCGGAGGAACUGCUGCUUUGUUUAAUGCUGUGAAUUGGGUUGAAUCCAGCUCAUGGGAUGGCCGGUAUGCGCUAGUUGUAGCAGGGGACAUUGCUGUAUAUGCCACUGGCAAUGCUAGGUGUACUGGAGGGGCAGGGGCAAUAGCCAUAUUGAUAGGACCACAGGCCCCAAUUGUGUUUGACAGAGGUUGCCGGGCCACCCAUAUGCAGCAUGUGUACGACUUCUACAAGCCAAACAUGGAGUCUGAAUACCCGGUGGUGGACGGUAAACUCUCCAUUCAAUGUUACCUGCACGCCCUUGACAAGUGUUAUGACAGACUCACUCAACAACUUCAGACAGCUGGUAUUAUGACAUCUCCGAGGCUGCUGGACAAUGCUGAUGCCUUCAUCUUUCACUCGCCAUACUGCAAACUGGUACAGAAAUCUGUGGCCAGACUCAUGCUGAAUGACUUUCUCCGACACCCAGGGUCAAACUGUACAGACUCGUACAACGGCCUCGAGACUUUCAGAGGGGUAAAACUGGAGGACACGUAUUUCAACAAGGAAAUUGAAACUGCCUUCAUGACGGCCAGCAAACCUGUAUUUACCCAGAAAACCAAGCCCUCCCUUCUCCUGGCCAACCAAGUGGGAAACAUGUACACGCCAAGUGUCUAUGGGGGAUUAGUGUCUUUCCUUAUCAGCCGACCAAUACAAGAAAUAGCUGGAUGCCGGUGUGUUCUGUUCUCCUACGGGUCAGGACUGGCGUCUGCUUUGUAUUCACUGCGGAUCACAGAUGACCUUUCACCCCUCUCUUCUCUCACUCGAUUGGUCAAAAACAUUAGCGAUGUAAAAUCAUGCCUUGACAGAAGAAAGAAAGUGAGCCCCAAGGAUUUUGAUGCCUUGAUGAAAUUAAGGGAGCAAACACACCAUAAAGCUCCAUACUCUCCAGUAGGGGACACCGACAGUCUUUUCCCUGGCACAUGGUACUUGAUGAGUGUAGAUGAGAAAUUCAGACGACAAUACGAUAGGAAACCCCUCCAUCCUCCAACAGAGGCUGGUGAUAAUGGAGUGGACAGUGGGGCAUCUUGAUAAAUACCUAAAUUAGACUUAAUUUGCUGGGAGUGAAAACAAGGAAAUCCCUCAAUCUUCCAACAGGAACUUGAGAUAAUGUUGCAGUCAAUUGGUCACAGUAAUAAGUACCUAAAUUAUACUUUAUAUGCUGGGAGUGAAAACAAGGAAAUCCUUCAGCUUCCAAGAAGAACUUGAGAUAAUGGUUCAUAAUAAAUACCUAAAUGAGACAUUACAUGCUGGGAGUGAAAACAAAGAAAUCCCUCAAUCAUCCAAAAGAAACUGAAUAUAAUGUUGCGGAUAAUGGGGCAUUGUGAUUUAUCACUAGUUUAGACUUCAUAAUAAAAUUAAAAGUAGAAAUGAAUAAAAUUAAUAGUAGAAAUGAAAAAAAAAAAUUAGGCUAUUUUUACAAAAUGUUUAAUAUGAUCGCUAUGUGUGGUCCAAUCACUUUUGUGGUCCAUGAACUUUUCCAGGUUUUGCUUAAUGUUAGUUUUUUUUCUCUUAAAAUAUUUGCUUGCUUUGUUGUAACUUGUCUCAUAGUCAGUUUCCUGUUCCAAUAUACAAAAAGGGACACUCGUAUUAACGAUCCCAUUGAAUGAUCACCUUUUUCACAUGGUAUUAUUGAUUCUAUGUAGUGAUAUUAUUCAUUUAGGGUCAAUUGUUUUAAUUAUUAGUAAGACACAGCAAGUUUGAAUUUGCAAAUAACCUUUUAAAUUAAAUAAGUGAUCUUAUCAACUUUAAGGGACUAGACACCAAAUGAUACAUUUGUAAGAAAAAAAGAAAAUUGUAAAAAACUUUCAUAAAAUUGAUAUUGUUGUGUACGACACAUUGAAUCUUAAUUACUGAUGUAUCACAUUGCUUACAACACAUGCAUCUUUCGCAGUUUUUGCGUAUUUGUCCAAUUCGAAAUUUACUGGGUUUGUCUACCAUAUUGUCGGUGUCUGUACUAAUCAAGUGACUUUCACAUGCUAAAUUUCAUACACUAAACUAAGAAACCAUUAUGUGCUAUUUUUAAACGGGUAAACACAGCUGAGACAGCGACAAAAUAUUCUUUAAUCAUGAAUUGAUGAUACACAAAUAUUAUAAAUGAUAUGUCCCACCUGCCUCCUUAAAUUGAAUACGCAUUGUUCAAGCCCCUGCAAACUAAGAAUUUUAUAAAUCUGCCCCCAAAAUGAGUUCAUCUAUAUGAAUAUUAUACUGUUGGCUCCCAGUGAAACAGGGAACUCUUUAGAAUGGACUUGGGAUAAAAUUAAAUUACUUAUUCAUUUAUUCAAUAUAUACAAAUGAAAUUUCUUAAAGUAACUAGUGGCAUUAUGCAUAUUUGUAGCAAGGACCAUAACUCUUCCUUUACUACUUGUUGAGGUGUUCCUUUUGAUUGUAUAAGUAAAAUUGAUGUGCAUUGGCAGCUUGUUUUGGUGCUUCUUUUAGAGUUUUACCAGUGCCGAUGGAGGCAAGGCCAUACAUAUACUCAUAUGUCAAUGUUAUGGAAUGAAAGACAAGUAAAUGCAAAAAUGGUACUUUUCAGCAGAGACAAAUAACUAAAAGAUGAACAUUCCGAACGUGCACUUUUUGUUUACACAAAGUUUAGGAUUAGUGCCAUACUGAUGUUACUCCAUCAAUUUUUAUACAGAAUUGAAACUGUCUUACACAAAGCCUGCAAAUACAGGGAUUUUGUUUAUUCAAUGCAUUUAUCGCCUUUUAUCAUGUGGUGAAUUUCUUGCAUUCUGAUUGGCCAUCCGAAUGGGUGUUUUCUCGAAAGAAGCGCGAAGUUGAGCAUAUUAGAGAAAGUAUAAAGAAGUUUUUGUACCAAAAUGCAAAACUUUUUUUCAAUGGGUGCCGUCGAUAUAGAGUAAAAUUGUUUGUUUUAGUGUAAGAUUGUAAUAUAUUUCAAUGAGUGAGCACCAGAAUCCUUAUUUCAACUGGUGAAUUUGUGGCCACAUAGCUAUUAAUUGAAAACUGCCAUUUAUAAAGGCGAAAAUAUGUUUUAUCUGUACACAAAUCAUAUGUGUUUUUGUUUGUUUUGAUCAUUAAAGCUGCACUCUCACAGAUUGAACAGUUUGAUAUUUUUUUUAUUUUUUGUCUUGGAACGAGCCAAUUUUUGCGAAAAUCCAAGGAAACCAGUUAUAUAAGACUGCUGACAAAAAAUCAGAUUGCAGAUUUUUUUAUAACAGUUGAAAAAUAGAAAAUGUAUGCAUUUUUCUUAAACUGUUAGUAACGGUUUAAGCCAUAAAACAUUAAUUUUCGAACGGAAAUAUGAAAAUCUACGAUCUGAUUUUUUGUCAGCAAUCUUAUAUCGUUGGUUUGCAGAUAUUUACGUAAAAAUUUGCUCUUCCAAGACAAAAAAUAAAAAAGUUGUUAAAAUGGUCAAUCUGUGAGAGUGCAGCUGUAAAGUCAAAUGAGUUGAUCAUAAUAAUGCAUUUAAAUGGAUAUGUUUCUUUUAAGCAUCUAACAAGUGUAAACUAUAUUGUACUACACUGGCUUUGUAUUUUUAAAUUUCAAUAUAGUAAUGCAUUGUCGACCAAACAUUUUUUUCAAAUGUUUUGUUAUUUGCUUCUAUGAUGAAUAUGAAGUAAAACUGGUCGGCAUAUAAAACAGGAUAAACCCAUGUAAUGUUAUUAACUUCAUAUACAUAUAUAAUAUAUUAUAUAUUUAUGUAACACUAUAUUUCAUAAAGACACCUGUUUAUAUAUAGUUGAACUUAAUGUAAUUAAGAUUGGGUUCAAUAUUUGUUUUGGAUUUAAUGCAAUUAAGAUUUUUUCCAUUUAUGUUAUGCAUAUUAUUAUUUCAUGUAUACGUUUUAAUAAAAUGCAUGAUAAGAUA